AUGCUACCCCGAAUGCGACUUCUCUUUCCCUCCCUAAUCCUCUCACUUGCCAUCCAGACCUUCGCUCAAAACCAAUGCUACUACGCACCCGGCGCCAAAGGUCCCUCGAACCUCGUCCCCUGCAAUCCUUCCGGGCAAUCCGCAUGCUGUCUCCUAGGCGAUACAUGUUUAUCAGGAAACGCCUGCUACGACGUCACGACAGGCGAUACAUACCAGUAUGGCUGCACGGACAGCAAGUAUCAGGACUCCACAUGUCCGUACAAAUGUGGCUGGGACACCGCUCUAUCCCCUUACACAACCCUGAUCUACUGCUCCGACAUCCCCGACCCCAACACUCCCCACCAAAACAUCUCCAACACCUGGGUCUGCCUCUCCCCCGAAUCCUGCGGCUGCGACUGGGGCUCCCCUUCCACAUCCCUCCGAGUCCUACCACCGCGCGACUGCAAAGACAUAGGCGAUGAGGCUCGCGUGGCACUCUACGCCCCUCUAUCCUUAGCACCUUGGGUCCAGCUACCGACUUCUAAUGGUGGAUCAACGGGGUAUUGGCGCUCGACGAUGAUUGGGGGGGCCGAGUUCGUGGGCUGGCCCCAUCAGGGGUUGACUACGUAUCGAGACGGGCCGAGUUCGGCUGUGAGGGCUGGUGGGGGGGCGGUGGGCGGGAUCUCAUCGACUUCGCCCACGUCUUCGACUUCGCCGACUUCUCCGUCUUCUACGACGGCAGCUUCGACGACAGGUUCAGGGACGAGUAGCUCGGCGAGCACGACAACAGUGCCUUCCGGAUCGACUCCAGCGGGAGGCUCUACAGCGGUGAUCACAGAUGUACCAUCCUCUACCACGCCAACAACGACAGACAUCUCGCCAGCCACCGCCUCGCCGUCGAUCUCAUCAUCAGCUUCUUCCCCGUCGGCAGCAACAGCAGGAGGCGGUCUCACUAAAGGCGACAAAGCCGGCAUUGGUAUCGGAAUCGCAUCAGCUGCAUGUCUCCUCCUCCUAGGCGUCGGAUUCUUCCUCGAGCGCCGACGACGCCGUAAAGCACAGACCGAGAGGCUGCCGCAAAGUAUGCCCUUCGUGCCACCUCAGCCCGAACAGCCCAUGCAAGAACUUUCUACUCCUACACUACCGUACUACAACGGGCCGCUGCCCGGAACACCGGAUGGCAAACCAGCUGCUGGGUGGCAGUCGGGCACGGGAACUCCGAGGCCAGAACCUGUGGAGAAGAUGCGAGAAGCUGUUCAUUCCGAGAAUGAAAUGGCCGGGUAUGCUGGGCAGAAUAUGAUGUACGCUCGUGGAGACUUGUCGCAGCGACCGCAUGAUGUGAGGUCGUUGGCUAGUAUGAGGGGGCCGCCGACGCCUAGUACGGCGUAUGAGGAUGUUAUACGGCAGACGUGA